AUGACAGAGGGAGAGAAGGAGGGGCCUCAGGAGCUAAGCAGCCCCCAGGCGGUUGAGAAGCUGCGUGUUGCUGCAGAAAUUGCAAAUGCGGCACUGAAGCAGUUGUUGUGCCGCGUGGUGCCGGGUGCUGAUGUUUUUGAGUUAUGUUUGUUUGGCGACAAUUACAUCGACGGGGAGACGAAGAAAGUGUAUCAAAAGAAAACUAAAUCUAAAAGCAAAAUAGAGAAGGGGAUUGCUGUGCCUACGAGUAUAUCUGUGAACGAAGUUUUUGCUAACUGUUCUCCUUGCGAACGCGGUGCAUCUUUUCUUUUAAAGAAAGGCGAUGUAGUAAAGGUUGAUUUAGGAGUGCAUGUAGACGGGUUUGUUGCUGCUGUUGGGUAUACUGUUAUUUGCUGCAGCAGCAAUGCUGCUGCAUUCGGCAGCAACAGCAACAGCGGAGGGGGACCCGCUGCAGCAGCAGCAGCAGCCGAAGCAGCAGCAGCAGCAACAGCAACAACAACAGAAAUCUUAGCAGCCCUGCCGCCUCCAAGUGAAGAGUAUCUGCAGCAGCAGCAGCAGCUGCAGGACGCUGGGAAGGAGGCUCUUGCUGCAGUAGACGGUGCUGCUGCUCUCGUAACGAAGGCUUGCUGGCUAGCAGCAGAAGCAGCAAUCCGCAAAAUAGAAAUCGGCAGCAAUGCAAGCGAAGUAACGAAAGCUGUUGAUGCUGUUGCUGAAGACUUGGGAGUCAAACCUAUGCAGGGGGUGUUGUGCUACCAGAUGAAGCAGCACGUGAUAGAGGGCAGCCGCUGCUUCCCUCUUGUUGCUGCAGCAGGCGAGGAGAAGGUUCGUCCUUAG